CCUCAGGUGAGUUGUGCCAACCGCUGAACUGCAAGAAGAAGGAGUUAUGUCUACUGGAGGACCCUUACACGGCAGUCUGCGUCUCGAAGAAGGAGCUGCACCGCAGCGGCGACACGGUGGUAAGGAAGGAAAACUUGUCCCCCGAUGAAGCUGCCCGCUACAACCAGCGCGACCAGGAUCCCUUCUAUGACUCGGACGACGAGGAUGAUGACGAAGAGCAGAACCAGGAUGUUGUGGCCACUCGUUGCAACCCAUGCCCCGUCGUCAAACCUACCUUCCUCUGCGGAACCGACAACAGAACUUACUCCUCUCUCUGCAGGUUGGAUUACCACAAUUGCAUCCACCGUACCAGCAUCAAAGUAGCCUGCAAGGGUUUCUGUCCAUGCAAAGAUGGUGACCUACAUGCGAGGAAGAAGCUGAAACAGGAAUCAGACAGGUUGACCAACCUCAUGAACAAAUACAAAGCUUCCGUGAUGGAUGACGCUAAGAACAAGGACAAGGACAUGAUCAGCAACAGCGUUGACAAAUACACUUACACUCCACAAGACUUCAGCUAUGACAAUAAGCACUACAAGUACAUCAAGUACAUUAAGCAUGAGAACAAGCCCACCAAGCCUGUUACUAACCCUCCCUAUUAUGAAGACAAAGAAAGAAUGCGUGGAGACAAUGAGGUAAUAGAAAGGAAACCUGGUGCUAGGACCAAAGCUGACUGCCCUCCACAGGCCCUUCAAGCGAUGGGAGACAGGCUUCUCGAUUGGUUCUCAGUCAUUAUGGCAGAUUCCAAGCGAAGGCAAACUCACCCAAGGAACAAAGGUGUUGCCCGUUUCCCAGCUAGUUGCAAGAAUGAAGUCCGUUGGAUGUUCCACCACCUCGACACUGAUACCGACACAAGGCUUUCACUCCAAGAACUAUAUGACCUUGAACAUGACCAGAAUGAGAGAUGUAUUAAGCCGUUCCUUGAUGCCUGUGAUACUGACAAGGAUAUUUUUGUCACACCCCACGAAUGGUGUAAAUGCUUUGAUAAAACUGACAGGCCAUGUGCAGCUGUAAAAAGGAGGAUCUCAACAAAUAUGCUAGGAGUUUAUGUACCUGAAUGUGACUCAGAUGGUUAUUAUUAUCAUACACAGUGCCAUGUUUCCGUCGAAACAUUGUUGGGAAAAACUAAUAAAGGGAAGCCUUCAGACAUCGUGAGCGAUGAUGAUGAUGACGACGACGACGAUGACUCCGACCAAGAAUUAGAGGGUAGUGCUGACCAACCCCUUGACUUUUAGAUCUAGUUUUCAAAAACCAGGCCUACCACGAAGCAAUGCUGUUUGUAUUGACGCGGGCCUAGGUUUUGACAGAUCUAGAUGGACUGAGAUUUGCUAUGACGCCUUGUGAUUCAGACAAUGCACACCUAACUAUUAUCCAACGUAAGAUAAGACACAGUGUUGUUUUGUUUUAUCCUCAACAGGCCGCAAGAUAAAAUCUUAUAAAUUAUCAUGAGCAGAUCUUUUUCCAUAUAAAAAAAAAAUAUAUAUAUACCAUCAAUUAAUCAUCGUUGUCUCGAAUCAAGAUGUGCACUCCCCAUUUGAGUAAAAAAAAAAAAAUUGUUCGCAGUCUUUAAGGCCAAUUUCCAUCAUGUGCAAUUUAGCCUGCAAGAUGCGCGAACUCUCAGAUAUACACAGCAUUUUGCUUUGUAGAUUUUAGAUGAUCUUAAUGUAACUACUUAUAGUGACACAUUUCAGUAUUUUCAAAAUAAUGUAAUGUUAUAGCCUGCAGCAGCGUAUGUGUUUUAAUGUUAGCUGUCGAUUAAUGCAUUGUCAAAACUGCUUUUUCGUUGUAAUCUUUGUACCUAAUAUUUUUUUACUUAAAAUUAAUUUUGUAACAUUAUAAAAUGCCCAGUAACCUUCCACGGAAUAGUAAACAAUUUUUGCACUAAGGGAUAUUUGUGAAUAUAAAUAUUAUAAUGAUAAAAUAAAGUUUAGUAAGUAUAUAGAGUAUGUAUCGAACUUAAUUUAAUUUUUUUUAUUUUUUUUUUAUUUGAGGUUCCGUCAAACUUCCGAAAAAUAAUGCCAUUCCAUGUAAAUUUAAAGUAACGUGGGCUUCGUGUAGCACGCAAACUUUAAAAGGUUUAUAAUUGUAAGAUAGAAUUUUAUUUUAUUUUUAAAAAAAAAAAAGAAAGAUGAAUUCUGAAAAAAUGAUCAAUAUUGGAAUUUUAAACUCUGAACCGUCCGCCUCAUACAAAUUAUCAGUAUCACAAAAUAUUUUGUUUUAAUUUUCUUUAACAAUUUUUUUUUUGUUUAUAUAUAUAAUCAUAAUUUAAUUGGGCAAAUAACUCAAUAUUUACUUAAUAAUUAAUAUAAUAUAAUGAUAAAAAAAUGUUUAAAAAUAAAACUGUUAAUAGCCUCUAUACCUAAGUAAAGGACCAAUGGUGGUGCUUUAGUUUCCUUUUUCAAUUCUUGGGGUAGUCAAAAUAUUUUCUGAAUGCUGCACAACGCUUUUCUUUAUUUAGUAAAAAUUAAAAAUUUAAUAACCUAGAUAUUGAUGUUAUUAUUUAUUAAAGAAAUUAGUUCUUAUGACUUAAAGGUGAUAUAAUGUUGUUUUGUAUUGUUUUAGUUUUAAAAAAAUAAAAAUAAAAUUUGAGUACUUAAGUUUUACCAGUGUUAAAUAUAUAAUUAAACAAAUUAAUUAAUAUGUUUAUAGAAUGUUGUAUCUGUGUUAAAUUAUAUUAGGUGUACGGUGUUUAUUAUUUUUAGGCAGUUAUCGUUAGUCAGAAAUUAAAUGUAAAUAUUUUACGUAACUGCUCAUGACCUCUCCUAUUCUUAAGGUUUUGUUAAUAUACUUUUGUAGUUGUCUAAAAUCACUGAUAAUCUUCUGUGGAUGUUUUGUAUUCGUAUUUAUGAUUUAUAUUAAUAUUAUCAGUUAAGGUUAUUAUGGAUAUUAUUUUACUUCAUUUGGUGCCACACACAUUUUAUUGUUAACAUAUGCUUUUAAUGUUUAGUAUGUGAUUUAACUAUUAACUGUUGUGUAUUUACUGAAGAGAAUAUGUAACUAUGUAAAAAAUAAACAAAAAUAAAAAACCCACCAUGUACUCAUUAAGAUGAGUAAUGCCAUCAGUGAGGUAAAUUUGUUAUCCAUUGCCAACAGACGUAGUCAUGAUCAGAGAUUACACUUUUAUGUAACGAAAAAUUGAAAAUUCUUUCAACAUUAAGUAUGCUAAAAAAAAUGUGUAUAAUAUAUAAAUUCAAAAUAAUUAAUUAUUUUCCAGAACUUCAAUAAAAAUGAGUUGUUAAUGUUAUGAAGAAAAAAAAAGUCUUAAAACAAUUUGUUGCAUGUAAAAAAAUAUUAAUUUUUUAAAACUAAACUAACAUGAGAACACUGUGUAAUAAAAAAAAAAUACAUAAACACGCAAUUUUUAAACAUAUAUUUAAAUGUGUCAAUAAAGUAUUAUAUAAAUUUAUAUUUAAAUAAAUUCUUUAAUCGUAGUGAACUAAAAUUUGAUUUGUUUUGUGUUCAUAAAACGAUCAAGUCGAUGUUGAGGUGUUAUUUUUUAAAAAAUAACCAAACAUUUACAUGGUGUUUCAAUCUCUGGUCAGAACGUAUUAAGUACAUAAAAGCUAUGUAUUUACAAAAGGCAAUAAAUAAUUUUAAAAAACCUUCUGAGUACUCUUUUGAAUAAACUAAUUGUUUCAACCAAAGUUGUAAUUAAUAAAGUGCAAACUUGUAAAUGGAAUGUGGAUUAUAAUUUUUGCUGUUAUUUUCUGUACAUUUAUGUAUUAACCUUUUUUUAACUUCUUUUUUUGUUUUAAUAUUAAUUAGAAUUGUUCUAGGUUUGAUUAUUAUUCAGUUUUUUUUAUUAUUAAUUGAAAUAUACUAGAUUUUCCUACAAAGAAUUCAGGAUUUAGGAUUUACAUAAUUGUUUUAUAUUAUACUCUCUUAACCAUUUCACUGUAUUUUAGAAGAAAUAAUCACUUUGUAACUAGUAACCCUCUUACCGAGGGUUCUAACGAUACUUCUAUCUAAAUACAAAAAAAAAAAUUAAUAACUGUUUAGUUCAUUUUAAAGUAUUGUACUUUUAUAUUUAUUAUUAACAAUCAGUUAAUAUCAGUGUAUUCAAAGUAACAAGUGAAAUAUAGUGAAGUUUGUCCUAAUA